CCCGCGCUGACCUCCGACCCCCGACCCCCGGACACAUGCGGAUCCUCGGGCGGGCGUGGGGGGCGGCGGCGGCCCCGCGCGGACUCCGGCGCGCCCCUGCUCCCUUCCGCCUCCGCGCCUCGCAGAGGCAACACCUCGCCUCCCACCAUGAAGCUCGACAUCCAGUGUGAGCAGCUGAGUGAUGCCCGGUGGACGGAGCUCCUGCCUCUGAUCCAGCAGUACGAGGUGAUCAGGCUGGACGACUGUGGCCUCACGGAGGUGCGGUGCAAGGACAUCGGGUCCGCGCUCCGGGCCAACCCCUCCCUGACAGAGCUUAGCCUCCGCACCAAUGAGCUGGGCGACGGCGGCGUGCACCUGGUGCUCCAGGGCCUGCAGAGCCCCACCUGCAAGAUCCAGAAGCUCAGCCUCCAGAACUGCUGCCUGACAGAGGCCGGCUGUGGGGUCCUGCCCGGCGUGCUGCACUCCCUGCCCACCCUGCGGGAGCUGCACCUCAGCGACAACCCGCUGGGCGACGCCGGCCUGCAGCUGCUCUGCGAGGGGCUCCUGGACCCGCAGUGCCGCCUGGAGAAGCUGCAGCUGGAGUACUGCAACCUGACGGCCGCGGCCUGCGAGCCCCUGGCCGCGGUGCUCAGGGCCACACAGUACCUGAAGGAGCUCAUGGUGAGCAACAACGACAUGGGUGAGGCCGGCAUCCGGGCGCUGUGCCGGGGCCUGGCAGAUUCCGCCUGCCAGCUGGAGACACUCAAGCUGGAGAACUGCGGCCUCACGCCGGCCAACUGUAAGGACCUGUGUGGGAUCGUGGCCUCCCAGGCCUCGCUGCACGAGCUGGACCUGGGCAGCAACCCGCUGGGCGACGCAGGCAUCGCAGAGUUGUGCCCUGGGCUGCUGAGCCCCGGCUCCCAGCUCAAGACCCUGUGGCUCUGGGAGUGUGACAUCACCGCCCGUGGCUGCAGAGACCUCUGCCGCGUCCUCCAGGCCAAGGAGACCCUGAAGGAGCUGAGUCUGGCGGGCAACAAUCUGGGUGACGAGAGCGCCCGGCUGCUGUGCGAGAGCCUGCAGCAGCCGGGCUGCCAGCUGGAGUCGCUGUGGGUGAAGUCCUGCAGCCUCACGGCCGCCUGCUGCCACCACUUCGGCUCGAUGCUCACCCAGAACAAGCAUCUCCUGGAGCUGCAGCUGAGCAGCAACCAGCUGGGCAACUCGGGCGUCCAGGCACUGUGCCAGGCCCUGGGCCAGCCCGGCACCACGCUGAGCGUGCUCUGGCUGGGGGACUGUGACGUCACGGACGGCGCCUGCGGAGGCCUGGCCUCGCUCCUGCUGACCAAUCGCAGCCUGCGCGAGCUGGACCUCAGCAACAACGGCCUGGGUGACCCCGGCAUCCUGCAGCUGCUGGGCAGCCUGGAGCAGUCCGGCUGCGCCCUGGAACAGCUGGUCCUGUACGACAUCUACUGGACGGAGGCGGUGGAGGAGCGCCUGCGGGCCCUGGAGGGGAGCAAGCCCGGCCUGCGGAUCGUCUCCUGACGCCCCUCCCCGGACGGCCCUCCUCCCCCGAGGAGUCCUGGCUUUAACCGAGAGAAGAGCUUAAAUCAGCUCAUUUUUGGGAGAGCAUUUUAGGCACUUUAUUAAAACGCUUUUCUGGCAGGAG